AUGGCUCUUCUUCUCAUCAUCGAAGCUGUCGCGGCUCUCGCUGUCGCUCGUGUCCUCACUCGAUGGUUCCAACGAAAGUUGGCCUACUACCGAUGCCCUGGAACGAGCAUUGAGAAUAUCCCCGGACCUCCAAGCAAAUCCUUCUGGAUAGGUAAUUUCAAGGAUUUGUUUCGACCAGACGCCUGGGACUUCCAUAGAGACAUUGCCCAGACCUAUGGAGGUGUUGUGCGACUGACGGGUCCGUUGGGUACUCAGAGGUCGCAACUAUAUGUCUAUGACCCGAAAGCACUGCAUCACAUCGUUGUGAAGGAGCAACACGUUUAUGAAGAGGCCCUAAAUUUUAUACAAGGCAAUCUCACCGUCUUCGGUCCCGGUCUCCUGUCAACUUUGGGUGAUCACCACCGAAGACAAAGGAAAAUGCUUAACCCUGUGUUCUCGAUUGCUCAUAUGCGGGGAAUGGUCCCUAUCUUCUGGGAAGUGGCUUCAAAGGUUCGAGCGACAUUCCAGCGCAAGGUGGCCAAUGGGCCAGUUGAGAUUGAAAUGCACCAUUGGAUUACCCGAACGGCGCUCGAGCUGAUCGGACAAAGUGGCCUCGGAUGGACGUUCGAUACGCUGACCGAAGAUGAGCACACGACACACCCCUUCCAUGUGGCCCUGAAAUCCUUCGGUGCUACCAUACAGAGACUGCUAUUUUGGAGGAUUUACAUCUAUCCAUUGGUGUAUUGGAUUGGUACCCCGAAGUUCCAGAGGCGCCUCGUCGAUUGGUUGCCGUGGAAGGACCUCCAUGAUUUGCGAAAUAUGACCGAUGUACUUCACAACACAUCCGUGGAGAUAUUCGAAACUAAGAAGAAGGCACUGUUACAAGGCGAAGAAGCGAUGGCCAAAGAGGUUGGGAGAGGGAAAGAUAUCAUCAGCGUACUUAUGGCAGCCAAUAUGAAUGCGUCAGAGGAAGACAGGCUUCCUGACGAAGAGGUUCUUGGUCAGAUUUCGACAUUUACGUUUGCUGCUGCCGAUACCACAUCUGGGGCCCUUCUGCGGAUUCUCUGGCUACUCUGCAAGCACAGGGACGUCCAGAGCAAAUUGAGAGAGGAGAUACGGGAAGCUCGCAAGAACAACCGUUACCUUGACUAUGAUGAGCUAGCAAGCCUGCCCUAUCUCGAUGCCGUAUGUCGGGAGACACUCCGCCUGUAUGUCGAUGAUGACCCGUCCCACGUCCCGGAUGAUGGCAAGAAACUAAUGUGCUACAUUCACAGCUAUCCUCCCGUCUCCACGCUGAUGCGGGAGUGUAGAGCGGAUAGCGUCCUUCCCCUUUCCAAGCCUGUUCGAGGACUCGACGGUUCUGAGAUGACCGAAGUGCUCGUUCCGAAAGACACUCGCAUUUACCUGUCAAUCUUUUCGUGCAACAGGAGUCCAGAGCUGUGGGGUCCCGAUGUUUUCGAGUGGAAGCCGGAUAGGUGGCUCUCGCCUCUGCCCGAGUCCCUCACACAGGCAAAAAUCCCAGGCAUUUAUUCACAUCUGAUGACGUUCCUCGGCGGCGGUCGGGCCUGUAUAGGCUUCAAGUUUUCUCAACUCGAGAUGAAGGUUGUGCUCUGUGAAUUGCUCGAGCACUUUGAGUUCUCCUUGCCGAAAGACAAGGAGAUUACCUGGAGGAUGCCUGGUAUUGCUAAGCCCUACGUCACUACCGACGGCAAGAGCCCUCAGCUCCCCCUGAUCGUUAGUCCAGUCGAAUAA